AUGGCCUCUGAGCUUAAAGAAUACCUCGUCAUCAUCCCUGAUCUUCCCGACGUCCUAGCCAAACGACAAGUCCUACUCAAGCCUCACAACCAAGACGCAGCUCCCCUAGUCAAAGCCGGCCGUGUCCCCUUCUUCGGCAGCACCCUUGCUCACCACAGCGCCGAAGGCCAACAAGUCGCCGAGAAUGGAACAGUCAUGAUCAUCAAAGCUGAGAGCGAGGAGGAGAUCAAGGAGAUCAUCCGAAAAGAUAUUUUUACGAUUGAGGGGGUUUGGGAUUUUGGAAGGUUGUCUAUCUGGCCUUUCAAGAGUAAAUGA